GUGUGAGAGAGUGGGCAGAAGGAGCAGGCAGUGCAGAGUGGAGCUCAGCUCAGACACACACACAGAAAGAGAGAGACAGGGAUUCAUGCUAGCUGAGCUAUCACCAUGGCCAAAGCAAGAACCCUGAGACUGUGAGGAGCAGAUACCGUCAGCUGUCUGUGAUACGGCAUGUAAUUUGGACUAAAGUUUUGAUCUUUUUAAGAUACUUUAGUGAUCUACUUGUCCAGUGCACAAACUGGAAUCAUCACCCACCUUCCUGCCCCAUCACUGCUUCUGUUUGAAGCUAUGGAGGUCCCAGAUGUCCCAGUAGGUAACCUGAUAGACUUGGAUGGGGAUCUAGAUGUUGUGGUACCACAGUGUCCCAUCCAACUGGAUACGGAUGGUCUCUUAGACAUUGAGGUCAAGCCCCCAGAGAAUGAGGCAGCUGAAGAGGAGGUAGAGAGUGAUGCUACAGAGUCGGCAGACAGUGAGAAUGAUAUGGCCGGGUCACCCAACCGCCACUGCUGGAAUCAUUCACAGCGGUCCUCCUUGGAAUCCUUCUCUUCCAAUCAAAGCACAGAAUCUGCCCGGGAUGAGCAGAUGUCCGAGCAGCGGGAGUUUAUCAGGAGAUACGUACAGAAGAUCUUCGAAGGAGGGGAAGAUAUAGAGCAGGAGGAUAAAGCCAGGUUUGGUGAGCUUUGCAGUACGGAAAAUGGAAAGGGCAGAGAAUGGUUUGCACGAUUUGUCAGUGCUCAGCGUUGCAACUCCAAAUGUGUCUCGGAGCAGACUUUCUACCGGCUGGUCCAGUCCUUUGCUGUAGUGCUUUUUGAGUGCCACCAGAUGGACGAUUUUGGUCCGGCCAAGAACCUGAUGACUAUGUGCUUCACAUAUUACUAUGUUGGGAAACCUCAUGUCGCACCCACGGAGUCCAGAGAGAAGCCAGUGAGUACCGGCAGUAUUGAUGCAUAUCUAAAAUCUGCGAACAGCUGGCUAGCCGAGAAAAAGGACAAUGUUGGACGACUGCUGAGGAACUCCUCAACCACCACUGAAAAUGUGAAAGUCUUCUUUGGUGGUCUGGAGAGCAAAUUGAAGGGUCCUCUCUCCAAGAGGGAAAGUGAAGACCAGCCAAAGGAGAAGCCGUCCGAUAACUUUCCUGCACAGUGUCCAGAUGACAAGAAGGGAGAGAAAAUGUAUCUUUAUACACACCUAAAGCAACAGCCGAUCUGGCACACGUUGCGGUUCUGGAACGCAGCAUUCUUUGACGCAGUUAACUGCGAGAGGAGGAAGAGGUCUCCCACUACAAGAGGGAAUGCUGGGGAGGAAGAGGAGGAGAGAGAGAAAUGGAAUCACAUGACACAAGAAGAACGAGACGACAGUCUUCAGUUCAAUGAGAACAUUACAUUUGGACAGCUGGGAACAUUCACACACAACAUGGUGGCUUUUGGGCUCAACAAGAAAUUGUGUUAUGACUUUCUGAAGAAACAAGCUGUGAUUGGGAGCCUGGAUGAAGAGAAAUUCAAGGAGCUCACGGACCACAUUGACCAAAUGGCGGUUGAAUAGAUCAGUGGUGAAGAUGGAUUUUCUCUACCAGUAUUGAGGGGGGAAGAAAAAACCUAAGGCAGAUGGCCGGACUAGGGAGAGUCUGCUCUGGACUCUCCUGAAGCACAGGGCAGUCGCCAUGAUUGAAAUCCGAGAAAUUACCUGUACAGUAUAUAUUUUGAAAGCGAGAUAAAGGAGUUUUUUUUUUUGUUUUUUUUUGUCUACACAUUAGUAUUUAAUAUAUUUGUGUUUUCUGUGGACUUUGUCAGGAAACAGGGAAAAACUGAGCAGUGUUCUUUGAACAGAUUAUAUGAAUUUGUUUAUUUUUUUAAAAACAUAAAUAUAUAUAUUUAGCCCGAAAGAUUUAUUACUAGUCAUUAACCCUGUCAUCGCUAGCGUCGCGUGUAAUCCGGUACUAUCGCUGCCGAUUAGAAAGGUGGUGUCCUCUGUGUUUGUGAGAGACUCGUUCCGUGGUAUGUUCAUUAGAAGUAGGUAUUGUGGUGCGGCGAUUGUGAAAUGCUUAACCGCAAUUAUAUAUGUACAUAUUUAUCGGCUAUAAUUUCUACCCGAUGGGCGCAGUAGAUUUAAUAUAGUUUCUGGUAAGGAUAUUGUGCGCUUGUACUCCUCUAAAACAGAUGUUUUAAAUAAUUCUAUAUUUGAAUUGUGACAGAAACCCGCAUUUUACCAGCUACGCCGUGUUUUUCGUUCAUUUUCCUACUCUAUAUUUGUAUUUAAACUAGGUUGUGCUUUGUAGGUCCUUAGGAACAGUUUAAAUACACACCUAUAUUUUAUUAACUGAGCAUGUCUGGUCUCGGUUAUACUAGCAAUGUGACUUUUUACAGUAUACACAUAUAAGCUGGGAUAAAGUUAAUGUGGGCAUCUGUAUGUACCCCAUUGUUUUACUGAAAUUUGGGGCGCCUGGAAGCUAUCAGCUUAUAGAGACAAGAGCUCGUAAACUGACCCAAAAUCACAUCCAGUAAAUAAAAUGGCUGUGGAUUAAAUUCGUGGAGACCAUAUAAUGGAUUCAAACAGGAAACGGUGAUGCUUAUACAAGCUCCUUCUGUGGUCAGAUAGGUAACUCCAAGCAAACCAUAAUUCACCGGCACACAAAUUAAUACAAUUACAUUAGAUUAGAAUUGAGGGAAAUUGACACUCUGCCUCUUUUGCCAAUUUGUCCAUAAUCUGCCCAUUUUGUCCAAAAUCUUUAUUUAUUUUUUAUUUUAUUUUUUUACACCUUAGUAUUUGCAACUGGCUCACAAAGAGUUAGUGGCAUUGCUUUGGACCAUCAACCGGAGACAAGUUAUAUAGACCGGCGUGCAAUUUCUCCUGAAUUCCUGUUUAACAGCCUCUGCCUGGCUGGGAGUUUGCCACUUGAAGACACUGGUUACUCAAUACACUUACGGACACGGUUUAUGAAACACCAGAUUUGGGGCAUCACUGCCCUGUGUGCCAGAACUAUGACCACCCUGCUACCUUUAUACUUUUUAAGUUACACUGCAAUUUACCAACCACCCCCAGGGCAGCUUGUGUCUAACUGUGUUGCUUAUUUAAUCAAUUUCGGUUGUAUCUUUUCUAAGGUGUGUAUGUGACUGAGUGUAUCUGGGGUUUUGUGUCUGUACAUUUUGCUGUCAUUAAUAUGAUGCUCGGGGUCAAGUUGAAUCUCUGUGAAAUGUUAAGCUAAAGUAUUAUUAGGUGACUAGAAUUAAUAUUAUUAUUAUUAUUAUUAUUACAGAGUUGUUUGUAUGUAUUUUACCUGUUGCUUUGUGUUGUUGUGUGAAUGACAAAGUUGAUCAGUCAUUCUGCCAUUUUAAGUUUGUUGCUAGAGCAUGAUGCGGCCAUUUUGUUUAUCCCGGAGUAUGUGUUCGCACACAGCAACCCAUAAAAUGGAUGAGCUCUAUUAAUUAUCUAAAUUAUUUUGUUUUUUUAUACUGCAUUGCUAC